AUGAAAGACAAGGUCACCAUUGUUGUCAAUGACGCUGCGCCAGCUGAACUGCUAGCAGGCGACUUGGAGCGAGGUCGCCGAACUUUUGCGGACGCAAGAGGAGAGGUCAGCUUCAGAAACAUCAAGGUGAUCGGCCGCGACGUUGCCCACGCAUCCACACGUUUGCUCAAAAGACCCUUCCAAGCUUGCCAACCCUUAAAGUCAAUAAUGACUGAGUGGAUCCACGGAUCUGAAGGCUUCGCUCAAAAGGUGCAUCACAGCCCAGUCCUGAUUCAAUGGUGGGCCAAGGCAGUGCACAACGAUGACUCAGACUUGACGGGAGACCAGUGUACUUCGAUGUCGGCUGCUAAACAUCGGUUUUCGUCUUACUUCAACCCUCUCUCCAGGAUCGUUCGAAACAUGCAAAGCGCAUUUCAAAUCUGCGGACGCGUCCAAUCGAUGAGGGGAGCAGAGGCAGUGUGGGCCACAAAGCUGUGUCGAAAUUUCAAUGGCUUCAAAGCAGUUCUGCUCGCAAUGGUCGCGGACGCGGCAGCGAUCAGCAACGAUUACACAAGGGACUGUGAUCGCGAAGACACAGAUAUCGCUCAGCUGAACACGCGGGCGAACCAUUUUGUGUCGUCCGCUCGGUCUCUCUUUGUGGAACGAAAGGUCCUGACCCUGCCUACUUUUACAAAAGAGUUUCUCAACAGAGAGCGCCCAGUGACCAUUGUCCAAGAUGGCUUGGCCCAGGAGAUCGUGGUCAAUCAGUGCGACCUGAAUCGGGCGUUCAAGGUGAUGGAGGAAUGGGUUUCGCUGGCUGAAGAAGUGGUGGCGCACGAAUUUCCUCAUUGGCAUCUAUUGUCGUCAUUUCAAGUCUUUCACUUGUCAGACUCUGGAAGUCAAGCGGCCGAGAACAGUGAAAGGAAUUUGGAGCGAAUGGCCCAAGCCUUUCAGGUUUGCCCAGCCAAGGUGAAGCAGCAAUACGCUCGGCUGAUGCCCAUUGCCACUGCUUUGAAGAAGCAAAGCGGCAUGUCCAACAGGGAAGCGUGGAAGGAAGCCAUGCAACGCACAGGUCGCUAUGCAAGCCGGUACGAGGCCACUGACUUUAAAGUCUUGUUGGCCGUGUACCAAUGUUGGACAGCUUCCAGUAGCGGGGUGGAACAACUUUUCUCCAAGCUCAAGAGAAGCCCUGUGGAGCUUUCCAACGCCAAGGCGGAGACAGACCGUCGCACUGCCAUCGUGAUGGGCGACGGACACUCCAGUGUGGCCAAGGCAGAAAUCAUUAGUGAUGCCCGAAAGAUUUAUGCUAGUCUAUCUCAGUCUGGCGGAGUCUCGCGUCUAAGAACACUGCCAAGGUUCGAUACUGGGAAGAAAGGGGGCCAGAAGAAGGGAAGCUUCGCCGCGUGGAACAGAGCACGCAAGAAAGCAGUGCAGCAAGCGGUGCAGGACUCGCGGCAAACUCCUCCACGAAAGCCAUCUGCUCUGCAGACCGAAUCAUCGCAGAAGGAAUGUGACUAUCAAAGACAACAAGCUCUCAAGAGGAAGGCAGAGGCCUUGCAAGAUGGACUGUUACUGGCAGAUGAAAUCACUUUAGAAGUGCGAGCCGAAGCAGAAAGGGUGGCCAAGGCAAGCCGCCAGCAAGACCGGCUGAGAGCGAAACAGCGGCAGGAGUACGAGUCUGGAACACAGUUGGUGACAAUCAAGAGAAGCCAUGAGUGGGCUUGUCAAAACCUUUCUGGACCUGCGCGGUGCUGCCCAAGCCUAGGAACUCAGCAGCAAGCAGACUUGUGGCAUGCGAAGCUCGUCGUGGUGAAGAAUUUUACGGAAGUGGAGCGGAAUGUUCGGGUCAUGGCUGCGCUCACCGGCUCUGCCUUGAUCUCGGCUGACGUUUUGCUUGGUCAUGGAGGUGUGAAGCUAGUCUAUCACCCCGGCCACAAGAUAGAAGCUGCUGUCUUCGCCACCAACACUUUUCAAGACGCAGGAGCCUGGCAUGACCGCGCUGCUUCGGGAAGCUUGCGCGCGCGGCGGUUGGAAAGCAGUUAG